GCUUGCUGUGUGCCAAGGUCAGCGGGGUGCCAGCCUCUUGGAGCAGUCCAGGGGCGAAGGGAGGAGGGUGGGUGCCCCCUAGAGCCCCCAGGGGGAGAAGGACAGCCCAGACGGGUUCUCCCAGCGCCCCCUCACCCCCUGCUGGGCAAGCAGUCCGGCGGGAGCAGAGCGCGGCCCCCUCAGUCUGGCGCGGUGCCAGGCUGGCCGGGCUGGCAGCGACUCCCGGGCGGCACGGUUGCCCUGUCCACGGCCUUUAUCCGCAGCUGCAGCGUCUCCUCUUUCCUGCGCGGCCUCGCUCUAUUGUUGGCCGAGGGCGUCAGGACCCGCAGCCGCCUGCAUUAUUGAUGCUCGUGCGUAAGGCAGGAGACGCUGGGGGUGGAUUGAGCCCGAAGCUCCCGCGAGAGCAGAACCAAUGUGGUGCGCUGCCGGAAGGCUGAGGGCGCCGGCGGGCAGCAAGAUCCUGGGGAAGAGGGGAGAACGGAGGGAAGCCCCUCUUCACUGGGCCUGCUAUGGGCGGGAGCAAAGGCAAAGCGCCCCAGCGCCCGGAGGAAUCCAGGAGGCCGGCCUCCGGGGAGCAGGAGUCCGGGUCGGCCAGCGCAGACUGCGCGCCCAGCCGGGAACGCCGACAGGGCCGGGGCAAGGCCCGCGGGGCGAGACGGGUCUUGGAGCCCGCCACCGCGGGAGGUCAGGGGAUCCCAGGUGGCCACAGGAAGCCCACUGCAGAGGGGAACGGCGGCAGCAAACGGCCAGGGGCUGGGCCGCCACUGGAGGGCCAGGGGAGACGAGGCAGCGCGCGGCGUCGGGGACGUGGGCCUAAGGAGAGCUGCGAACCCGGGGGCAGCCCUGGGGGGCGCCGGGAGGAGGGGAGUCUCCCCCGAGGAGAAGAGCGGACAGGCGAGCGUGGCCGCUGCAGGAGGAGAGGAAAAGUGCGGGGACCCUCGGCUCGCCGGGGCCGCGGAGAGACCCGGAGCCUCGGUGGGGACACGUCGGGCGGAGACGGGGACAGCUCCUGUGCGGACAGCGAAGCCCGCGGGGCCCAGGAGUGCGGCAGCCAGAGCGGCGCGGUCCCGGACCUGCGGCCGAAGUUGGAGCAAACGGACACGGGCUCCGGAGGCACCCAAACCGGGCCGGAGUCAGCGCUGGAGCUGGGUGAGCGCCGGAGCAGCGACGGGAGGGGUAGCGACGAGCCUCCCGCCGAGCCCCGGAGCUGGGAAGGGUCGUCGGGGCUGGGGCCCCAGGGAACGACCGAGCAUUCCGGGACAGACACUGACUCGAGUCUGGGGAGGGCCGGCCCUGGACGGGGCCCACGGGCAGCCAGGAAAGCCGAGCUGGGCAGAAAAGCCACGGCCUCCAGCUCUCUCGGGGGCAGCCGCGCGAGCGUGCACCGGAGCUCGCGGGCUUCUCGGGACUCCAGGCCGGCCCGGGACGCGAGAGAGAACGAGGCGCAGCCCGAUGUUGAGCCGCGGGGCGCCGAGCCCGGAAGAACCGAGGCCUCGACCGCCCCGUCUCGGCUCCGCCAGGUCGGAAAGGUGGUGGGGAAGGUGCAGGCGGCGGCGGGGGAGAGCGAAGCGGGGGCUGCCGGGGGACAUGGGCCCGGGGACUCAGUGCCGCUGGCCGCCCUCGUGGCGCUCCGCAGGCUCCGCGCGAGGUCCCCUCUAGGCCACGCUCCCCAGGCCGCGGGUCCCCGUCGCGCCGACCUCAAGGACCGACUACUGCGCGUAACGCGGGCCCUGGGGCUCCUGCAGUGGCUGCGGCAGAGGCUCGGGCCGCGGGGGCGCGAGGAGCGAGGGACCGGGCCGCGGGGGAGGGAGGGGCAGGGCCGCCGGCCGGGGCUGCGGCGCCGUCAAGUGCUGCGUCUGGCGGGCGUAGCAGGGCUGGGGGGACCGCCGAGGGCUCCCCCUGGCGGCAUCCCGAGCUCCCCGCAGGUUGCGGAGAGCCCAGUCCACGACGAAACUUCUGAGGACGAGGACCCGACUCCCGAUCCCAAGUUCGCGGUCGUGUUCCCCAGAAUCCACAAGACGGGGAGAGCGUCGAGCAGCCGGAGUUCGCAGAAAGCGUCCGCGGACGCCCCCGCCGGGGAGGGGCGCGUUUGGCCUCUUGCAGGGGCUUCAGGGGACAGUGAGGGGUGCAAGGCCAGUGGAGAAGGGAUGGCCAGGACCCGCCGCAGCUCUCUCCUCGGCCCGACUCCCCUCGACGAAAGCGGCUCUAGUAGCGAAGCGGAGCCCGAGACCUUGGAAGAUGAGGCCCCGGUGCAUUGGGCGCAGGGCUCGGAUCCUCGCGAGGACCCUGGGCCUGGCUCCGACGCCCUGCUGCCCCGGCUCACCUUGGAGAUCCGCCUGCGGGGGGGGAGGGGCCCGGGCCUCUGUGGGUCCCCGAGGGAGCGGUGGGAGCCGGAGGAUGAGGCGGAGGAGGCGCUGGAGCGGGACCUGGAGCUGAGUCUUCGGCCGGGCCUGGAGGGGCCGCCCUUUUCCGGUGCCGAGGGCAGGAGCUUCGGGGUCGGCCUGGAAGACACCGAGGACCUAGCCCGACUGCGACUGGUGUGUGACAGCUCCGUGCUGCUGUGCCUCAAGAAGAGGUUUCACCUGGGCCGAAUCUAUACCUUUGGAGGACCCCUUCUGCUGGCUCUGAACCCCCGCAGGCCUCUGCCUCUCUUCUCUCCUGAGGUCCUGGCCAGCUACCGCCCCAGCAAGGCCUCCAACACUGCCCCACACAUCUUUGCCAUCGUGGCAUCAGCCUAUAGCCUGUCUCAGAGCACUGGCCAGGGCACGUGCAUUCUCCUCAGGUGAACCCUGCCGGCACCUCCCUUCUGCAGUGGGCACAGUGGCUCAGGGAAAACAGAAGCUGCCAAAAAGUUCGUGCAGUUCCUAAGCAGCCUGGAGCAGGAGCAGAUGAGAGACAGGGGAUGUCAGCUGGAUGACGUGCUGCCCAUGCUCAGCAGCUUUGGCCAUGCCAAGACAGUUCUCAAUGCCAACGCCAGCCGCUCCGGCCAGGUCUUAUGCCUCUGCCUGCAGCAAGGAGUCAUCGUGGGAGCUUCUGUGUCGCAUUAUCUGCUUGAGACCUCAAGGGUAGUGUUUCAAGCCCAGGCUGAGCGGAGCUUCCAUGUUUUUUACGAGCUGUUGGCAGGACUGGACCCCAUGGAACGGGAGCGGCUCUCCCUACAGGGGCCAGAGACCUAUUACUACCUCAACCAGGGCCGGGCCUGCAGGCUCCAGGGCAAGGAUGAUGCCCAGGACUUCACAAGACUGGUGAAGGCCCUGAAAGCUCUAGGCUUGUGCCCUGAGGAGUUGACCACAGUCUGGGCCAUGCUGGCCUCCAUCCUGCAGCUGGGCAACAUCUGCUUCUCCUCCUCAGAGCGAGAGUCCCAGGAAGUGGCUGCUGUGUCCAGCUGGGCCGAGAUCCACACGGCAGCCCGGCUGCUGCGGGUGCCGCCCGAGCGCCUGGAGGGGGCUGUCACCAGGAGGGUCUUGGAGACGCCCUAUGGCCAGGUUUGGAGAUCCCUGCCAGUGGAAAGUGCCAUCAAUGCCAGGGACGCCCUGGCCAAGGCCCUGUACUCGCAGCUCUUCACCUGGCUUCUGAGGAAGACCAAUGGGAGACUGGCACCGCCCAGGGAGGGAGGCAGCACGGACACUGUCACUGUCGUGGACGUCUACGGCUUUGAGGUCACCCCUGGGGGGGCCCAGGACGGGGUGCUCGGCUCAUCUGUGUCGUUGAGAGGGAAGCACAGUCCAGGCAGGGGGAACAGCAUGUGCAAAGGCCUCAGGGAAGCUGGUCCUUUUCACCAGGCCACGGAUCACACCUUCCUCCAGAAGUGCCACUAUCACCAUGGCGAUCACCCAUGCUAUGCCAAGCCCCAGCUGCCCCUUCCUAUCUUCACCGUGCGGCAUUACGCUGGGACCGUCACCUACCAGGUUCACAAGUUUUUAAACAGAAACUGGGAUCACCUUGACCCUGCCAUGGUGGAAGUGCUUGCCCAGAGCCAGCUCCAGCUGGUGGGCAGCCUGUUCCAGGAAGCAGAGCCCCCGUCUGAGGGAGGGCAAGGCAAACCCACGCUGGCCUCUCGCUUUCAGCGUUCCCUGGGGGACCUCAUGGCCCAGCUAAGCGGGAGCCAUGUCUAUUUCAUCCAGUGCCUCAACCCCAACCCUGGAAAGCUUGCGGGCCUCUUUGAUGUGGAACACGUGGCAGAGCAGCUGCAGCAGGCGGGCAUCCUGGAGGCUGUAUGUUCCCGCAGUGCCAACUUCCCCGUGCGCAUGCCCUUCCAGGCCUUCCUGGCCAGGUUCCGGGCCCUGGGGACAGCGGGGCAGGGAGAGCCCUCUGACCGGGAGAGGUGUGGCGCCAUCCUGAGCCAGGUGCUGGGGGCUGAGUCACCCCUCUGUCACCUUGGAGCCACCCAGGUCCUGCUGCGGGAGCCGGGCUGGCAGCAGCUGGAGCAACACUGGGCCGAGCGGCGCUCCCAGGCGCUGCUCACUCUGCACCGAGGCCUCCUCACCUGCAUCUCCCACCAGCGCCUCCACCUCCUGCCACGAAUGCAGGCUCGUGUGUGUGGGCUCCAGGCCAGGAAGCGGUACCUCCGGCGGCAGGCGGCUCUGGGACAGCUGAACGCCAUCCUGCUGGUGGCCCGGCCCCUGCUCUGGAGACGGCGGAGACUGCAGCUUGGGCAUUGGCGUAGCUGGCACGGCGGCGGGGCCUCUGAGAAGGUGCCAAGCAUGGAGCUGGGGUGCUUGGAGAUCCCGGCUGAGCUGGCUGUCAUGCUGAAGACAGCAGAAGGCCGUCAGCACACCCUAGCCAAAAGCAUCACCGAGUCCCUGCCCCCGGAAGUUCCUGCCCGUGUCAGCCUGACGCUCCCGCCGGACAUUGACCAGUUCCCCUUCUCCAGCUUCAUCUCCAUCAGCUUUCAGGAGCCAUCCCUACCCAGCCCUGGGCAGCUGCUGACCAAGCCCCUGACCCGGCUAGAUGGUGAGAACCCUCAGCAUGCCCUGGAUAUCAACAAAGUGAUGCUGCGGCUCCUAGGGGACGGGUCCCUGCCGUCGUGGCAGGAGCAGACCAUGGGCGAAUACCUGGUGCGACAGGGGCAGCGCCGGCCGGGGCUGCGGGACGAGCUCUUCAGCCAGCUCGUGGCCCAGCUCUGGCACAACCCAGAUGAGCAGCAGAGCCAGCGCGGCUGGGCCCUCAUGGCCGUCCUGCUCAGUGCUUUUCCCCCAAUGCCCACCCUGCAGAAGCCACUGCUCAAAUUUGUAUCUGACCAGGCCCCCAGAGGCAUGGCAGCUCUGUGCCAGCACAAGCUGCUGGGGGCCCUGGAGCAGACGCAGCUGGCCCCUGGGUCCGCACGGGUCCACCCACCCACCCAGCUCGAGUGGACAGCCGGAUGGCGGCGGGGCCGCAUGGCGCUGGACGUCUUCACCUUCAACGAGGAGUGCUACUCGGCCGAGGUGGAGUCCUGGACCACGGGGGAGCAAUUUGCUGGGUGGAUACUGCAGAGCAGAGGCCUGGAGGUGCCCCCGCGUGGCUGGUCCGUGUCAUUGCACUCUGGAGACUCCUGGCAGGACUUGGCUGGCUGCGACUUCGUGCUGGACCUGAUUGGCCAGACGGAGGACCAGGGGGAUCCGGCUGGUCCCCGCAGCUACCCCAUCGCUCCCCGUGGCUCAGCCGAGGACAUCCCCCCCGCCCCUGGCAUCCAGGCCCCCUCACUGCCUCCAGGUCCCCCUCCAGGUCCAGCCCCCACACUGCCCAGCAGAAGCCACACAGGCCGGUCACAGACCUCGGGGAGCCUGGACGGCUUCCUGGACCACCUCUUCGAGCCAGUCCUCUCCUCAGACCUCAGUGAUCUGGAGCAAGUCUGGGCUCUGAGAGGCCGCAUGAAAGGAGGGGGCGCCAUGGGGCCCAUGCAGCAAGGCAGCUACCCCAUGGUGUACCCAGGUAUGGUGCAGCUGCCCGGAUACCAGCCAGCCAUGAUGCCUGCACCCAUGCCCAUGAUGCCUGUGAUGGGCGCAGUACCCCCCAUGCCAGCCAUGGUGGUGCCACCACAGCCCCAGCCCCAGCCCCAGCCCCAGCCCCUGCUUCCUACUGUGGAUGCGAGACAGCUGGCGGUCCAGCAGCAGAACUUCAUCAACCAGCAGGCACUGAUUCUGGCCCAGCAGAUGACCGCCCAGGCCAUGACCCUGUCCCUGGAGCAGCAGACACAGCAGCGCCAGCACCAGCGCCAAGCCCAGGCCCCGGCCCCGGCCCCAGCCCAGGCCCCUGCCCCUGAAGCUGCCUCCCUGACCCCAUCCCCAGCCAUCACCCCCAAGCCCAAGAAGCCCAAGGCCCCUCAAGAGGAGCCAGAGCAAGAGCUGGAAUCGGCGGGUGCCUGCCUGAGGGAGACCUCUCAAGAGGCAGAAGACAGGCCCUGGCGGCCCAAGAGCUUCCAGCAGAAACGGGACUAUUUCCAGAAGAUGGGGCAGCAGCAGAUCAAGGUGAAGAUGGUGAAGCCUCCAGCCAAGGUACAGAUCCCCCAGGGGACAGAGCAGGAGGAGGAGGAGGAGCAGGAAGAGGAGGAACCGCGAGCAGUGCCGUUCCCUCCUCCGCCCCCGCCCCCGCCGCCAGUAGUGAAGAAGCCACAGUCACAAGGUGGGGCCAAAGCUGCACAGGAGGCUGAGGCUGAGCCAGCCCAGAAGGUGGGGCCUGGUGGUGAUCGGCAGGCCCAGGGCAGAGCUGUGGUGCGCAACUCAGAGCCCACGCCCCGGCGGGCAGAGCCCAGCAGGGAGAUCCGCAACAUCAUCCGCAUGUACCAGAGCCGCCCGGGCCCCAUGCCUGAGCCCGUGCAGCCGUCCAGGAGGCCCCCCAAAAAUUUCAUGAAGAAAAACAAUCCUAAGGAUGAAGCUCUGGCUAAGCUGGGGAUCCAUGGUGCCCACUCGUCCCCUUGGGUGCUGCCCCCCAGCCCAGGGAAGGGCCCCCCACCAGCUGUGGCCCCUCACCCCAAGGCCCCACCACAGCCUGGGCCCUCCAGCUCCAUCAAGGAGAAGCAGAGGCACCUUCGCGAGCUGUUUGGCACAACCCCACCCACUGCCCAGGCACCCCCACCUCCACCAGCGCCCCCAUUGCCUCUGCCUGGGGACCUGGGGACCCCUCCCGCUGAGCCCCACGGCUUAAUGGUGCCCAUGGGGGACCAGGGGGUCUCCACCCAGCUGCUCGUGCCCUCGGGCAGCGUGUGCUUCUCCUAUGCCAGCGCCCCCUGGAAGUUGUUCCUACGCAAGGAGGUGUUCUACCCCCGGGAGAACUUCAGCCAUGCCUACUGCCUCAGGCUCCUCUGUGAGCAGAUCCUGAGGGAUACCUUUGCCAAGUCCUGCAUCCGGAUCUCCCAGGAUGAGCGGCGCAAAAUGAAAGACCUGCUGGGAGACCUAGAGGUGGGCCUGGACUCACUCAACACCGCUGAGGACAGUGUCAAGAAGCGCAUCGUGGUGGCCGCUAGGGACAACUGGGCCAAUUACUUCUCCCGCAUCUUCCCCGUCUCGGGCGAGAGUGGCAGUGACGUGCAGCUGCUGGGUGUGUCCCACCGGGGGCUGAGACUGCUCAAGGUGACUCAGGGCCCCAGCUUCCACCCUGACCAUCUGAAGACUCUCUGCUCCUACAGCUUUGCUGAGGUGCUGGGCGUGGAGUGCCUGGGCAGCUCCACCCUGGAGCUGUCACUGAAGAGUGAGCAGCUGGUGUUGCACACGGCCCGGGCGAAUGCCAUCAAGGCCAUGGUUGAGCUGUUCCUGAGGGAGCUCAAGAAGGACUCCGGCUACGUCAUUGCCUUGCGAAGCUACAUCACUGACGACAGCAGCCUCCUCAGCUUCCACCGUGGGGACCUCAUCAGACUGUUGCCAGUGGGCACUCUGGAGCCAGGCUGGCAGUUUGGCUCCUCCGGGGGCCGCUCUGGACUCUUUCCUGCUGACAUAGUGCAGCCAGCUGCUGCUCCAGACUUCUCCUUCUCGCCAGAGCAGAGGAGUGGCCGGCACAAGAGUCAGCUGCAGCACAGAGAGCCAGGGCUGGCUCACUGGGAUAGGGCAUCGGAGCGCCCCGCCUGCCCCCAGAGCCAGGCACACAGUGAUGACUCGGAGGCCACUAGCCUACCCCUCUCUGUGGCCGACCUCUCUCUGUCCACGGACUCCCACAACUACACCAUGCAGGAAUUUGCCCUGCGCUACUUCCGGAAGCCCCAGACCUUGCUGGACCAGACAGGUGGAGGUGCUGAGGGGAAGGCCAGCCUGGUACAGUAUACCAAGGCUCCCAUCCAGGAAUCGCUCAUCAACCUCAGUGAUGAGGACAUGAACAGGCAGGCUGUGGAAAGCUUCCGGGCUCUGAUGCAAUUUAUGGGGGACCAGUCUAAGCCCCGGGGCAAGGAUGAGAUGGAUCUCCUUUAUGAGCUGUUGAAGUUGUGCCAGGAGGAGAAUCUCAGGGAUGAGAUUUACUGCCAGGUCAUCAAGCAGGUCACAGGACACCCCCAGCAGAAACUCUGUGCUCGAGGCUGGAGCUUCCUCAGCCUCCUCACUGGCUUCUUCCCGCCCUCAACCACUCUGAUGCCCUAUUUGACCAAGUUUCUGCAGGAUUCAAGCCUGAGCCAAGAGCUGGCCCGGACCAGCCAGGAGCACCUCCAGCGCACAGUCAAAUAUGGGGGGCGCCGGCGGCUGCCCUUCCCGGGUGAAAUGCAGGCUUUCCUGAAAGGGCAAACCAUCCGCCUGCUUCUAAUUCACCUGCCUGGGGGUGUGGAUUACAGGACCAACAUCCAGACUUUCACUGUGACAGCAGAAGUGCUGCAGGAGCUGUGCGGGCAGAUGGGCAUCACGGACCCUCAGGAAGUGCAAGAAUUUGCCCUCUUCCUCAUCAAAGGGGAAGGUGAGCUGGUGCGGCCCCUGCAGCCCCACGAGUACCUCAACAGUGUGGUGGUGGACCAGGACGUGAGCCUUCACGGCCGGCGGCUCAGCUGGGAGACCCGGCUGCACUUCGAUAAUCCCACCUACAUCAGCACCCACUACAGCCAGGUGCUGCAGGACUACCUGCAGGGGAAGCUGUUGGUCAGCACCCAGGCAGAUUCCCUACUGGCCAGGCUGGCCGCCCUCCAGCACCUCAGCAAGGCCUCUGAGGACACCCCCUCAGAGCGAGACCUGGUGGCUUACUUGCCCAAGACGCUGCAGUGGCAGGUGAGCAUGGCCACCAUCAAGAGCCUGACAGGCCAGGAGCUGAGGCGGCUACAAGGAUGCAGCUCCCAGGAAGCGCAGAUCAGCUUCAUCAAGGCCAUGAGCCAGCUGCCCCUCUUUGGCUACACUGUCUACGUGGUGCUACGAGUGAGCGAGCUGGCCCUGCUGGGACCUGGCUUCCUAGGGCUCAACCGCCAGCACCUCAUCCUCAUGGACCCCAGCUCCCAGAAACUGUGCUGCUCCAUCGCCCUGAGGGAACUGCAGCGGAUCCACCUGCUGAGCCCAAUGGAGGAAGAGGGGCCCCCUGGACUGGAACUCAACUAUGGUUCAGCUGACAGCCCCCAGACCAUCUGGUUUGAGCUGCCGCAGGCCCAGGAGCUGAAGCACACCAUCGCCUUCCUGCUGGACAGCGGCAGAGCUUCAGUUUAGUGGCCGGCAUCACCCAAGAGGAGUGAGAGAGGGGUGGAGAGGAGAAAGGGGCCUCUCCCUGGCCCAAGUCUCACUUGGACAGUCUCCCUCGGGUGCCGUCAGGCCAUUUUAGUUUGGACUUCAGCAC